AUGAGUGUACCUGCAGCAGCAGCGGCACAGAAAUCAGACGGCAACAACAGUGAAAUGCAAUCAGCUGCAGUGGCUCCCUCCUUCCUCCCCAGCCAGUCGGGGAAGAUACCGGGCAGGAAGAGAGGGAGACCCCCGCUCCGCAAUGUCGCCAAGAUGGAUUUUCCAAAUCGUUACCCUGAGUCGCUCCCUCCGCUCAAAGUGCCAAAGAAGAGGGGGAGAAAGCCGGGCUUCAAGCUCAAACCCAGGAUGGUGAUGACACCGUUGGCUAUCUCUCCACCCAGCAGCACCCCUGAGCCCGAUAUGAGCUCCAUUCCUCAGGAUGCCGCCACCAUCCCCCACUCUGCCACGCCCCAGGUGCUUACAGUCUGUAUCUACAUCAACAAGCAGGCCAACACGGGCCCCAACCUGGACAGGAAGAAGAUCCAGCAGCUCCCCGAUCACUUCGGACCCGACAGGCCCUCUGUGGUGCUGCAGCAAGCCGUCCAAGGCUGCAUCGACAGCGCCUUCCUGCAGAAAACAGUGUUCACCCUCCUCACACAAGGCUACGGGGGAGAAAAAAUAUCAGCCACAUUCGAUGGGAAGCAGCACCUCCUCAGCCUCCCCGUGGUGAACAGCAUCGACUAUGUCCUCCGUUUUCUGAAGAAGCUCUGCCGCAGCUUGCACUGUGAAAACCUCUUCAGUGAUCAGCCCAUUACCCAACACAGCGGUGGCUCCUACCAGUCAGAUGCUGAAACAUCUAUGGCCGACGACUACCAUUUAGACCAGUCCGACGGCAAACGCUACUCCGUGGACCCGGGCGAUUCUGCGUUUUGCUCCAUAAGCUCGUCCUACUCGCCAAAGUCGUCCUACGGGUUUCGUUCGUCGCAGCAGUUCUCCAACGGCUCGGCCUCCAUGAGCAUGUGCAGGCAGUCGUCCACCAGCCCGAGCACGUUCCCAGAGAGCAACAGGACAGGAGGUUAUAAUGCAGCUACAGAGUCCCAAGACUCCAAAGCUCCACCCAAUAAAGACCCAACCACCUGGUCUGUGGAAGAUGUCGUCUGGUUCAUCAGGGAUGCAGACCCCCAGGCUUUGGGCCCCCAUUCAGACGUCUUUAGGAAACAUGAGAUCGAUGGAAACGCUUUGUUGCUCCUAAAGAGCGACAUGAUCAUGAAGUACCUCGGACUGAAGCUGGGGCCGGCCUUGAAGCUUUGCUACCACAUCGACAAACUAAAGCAGACUAAGUUCUGA